AUGUGGUCAAUUCACGCUUGUCAAAAUGUGGCGUUCUAUGAGAUCACCUUUGUCGAUAUUACCGACGACAUCCCCCCCUUAUGCAACAGUGUGAGUGUGGGGCAGCGAAUGAUGCUUUGCAUAUUUGCCGGACGUCUCGGUGGCGGCAAAACCGUUUUCAUGCAUCAAGGUUUUGGUGGUGAGGUGAGGGCAAAGCGUUGUACUUGUGACGAGUCGUCUCGACGAAGCAGCAGUGAGCCCUCGUUCCUUCGUCCAGCAUGGCGUGUGUGUGCGUUGGUGGGUGGGAGUGCUGGUGAUGACACUGCCGAAGGGAAGGCGGCUUCACCGAUUGCAGUCGGGCAGUUGUGUGUGAUGGUUACCGUUCUCCUGCAGUCGUGCUGCAAGUGGAUUGGGAUGAGCUCCUCCGCCUACACAAAGUAG